UUUGUAUACAAACAGUAUGAUCCUGCAUUGCAGUUUUUGAGCAUUUUACCAAAUAUUUACAUGCAGUGUAAGGCAAAAUACAAAUAUGACAAGUUGCGCUAGUACCGCCUCGACUAGUAAAACUGGACAGGAUACCAGUAGGAGCAAGAGUUGCGAUACGGUCUGUACAAAUUCUAGUUGUUAUUUCAAGAAAAGAAAACAAGUUCUGCCAUAUAAUUUGAGAACUACGCCGCCGAAACAAACGGGCAAUGUCGUACGACAGAGAGUCUUAUCUGCGAAACUACAAAAAGUCAGGUCUUUACAAAGCCAACUCAACGAUGCAAACUUUCAUUUAGCGGAAAUAAUAAGAGAAAACCAGGCGCUUAAAAAUCUACAAAAGAGACAAGACAAAGCUUUGAACAGAUAUGAAAGCUCCAACGCUGAUUUACCGCGUUUGUUGCACAAACACGAGGAAGAAAUCAGAGCGUUGACAGUUAAAAACAAAACAUUGAAGAAAUCGCUUAAGGACACCAGCCUGGCUUUAAAACUAAAGGAGGAAGAGUUAACUAGAGCCAAGGAACAGUUGCAACAUUUGGAAAGUUUGAACAAGGACAAGCGAUUAACUGAGCGUGAGAAGUUAGUGGAGAAAGUUGAGGAUUUGCAAAUUAGUUUAAAGAAAUCGGAAGAUCAAGUAACCCAAUUAAACAAAAGGUUAUUGUUAGAAAGCAAAAAUGCAAAAUACCGCUUGAAUGCAGAAAUUGUCAAAAAUAAGCAGUAUCAAAGGGAUAUUUUGAAUGCAAUGUCGGAAAUUGAGAGACUGAACAGAUUAAUAGAGAGCAGGGAAUUGUCUCCCAGCAAACGGAACCGCUUCGCAAAGACGAAUAGACAAACCAUGUCAAUGGUGCAACUGAAUGGUGGCGAGAUGAAGGCUCCAGUUAGUGAUGUAAAGUUAGAACCGAUUCACACUAAGUUUAAAGAAGAUUAUAAACCAAGCGUGUUGAUGAAACCGCCAACGGAAAGUAUUAAAAGUAGGUUGUCCAGUGGGUCGGUAAAAAGUGUAGGCAAAAAUAAGUCUUCUGAGAAUUUGUUGAAAGAAUGUGAGGAGGAAGACCAAAUUGACUUGGACCAAGGUAAUGUUGAAAGAUCUAAAUCGGAAGAAGAUAUAUUGUUAGAUGAAGUCAUACGAAAAGCCCAGCACAGGAGAUCAUUGGAGAGAAUAUCCCUUGAUGGUAAUCAGUCUCUCAAGAAUUUUACGGAGUUUGACAAGAAGGAGUCUAGUAACAAUAUUAACCAAAAAUUAAUGGAAUUUACCAAAGACGUAGAAAGAUUCAAGAAGUAUAAUAAGAACGGAUUUUAUAAAAUUCCUAAAGAAAACAAAUCUGAAAAAGACAAUGAUUCUUGCGAUGAAGAAAUAGAAUCUAACGACAAAAGACAUAAUGGAGAUUACACUGAUUUAUCAGAGGAAAUAGAAAAUAUAGAAAAAACUUUGGAAGCUAAAGGUCAGAAGGUUCAAAUAAAACGAGAGGAAUUACUUCUACAAAGAACUGAUGAGGAGGAUGAGGAAAUAGAAAAUAUGCUGGAGAAGCUUCAGACUGAUUAUAAUGAUGAUGCAGCCAGCUUGGACUCGGAUUGUGCCACAGAUAAAAAAUUUAGCGCAUUAUCCAAUCAUAUUGACUCAGUUAUUCAAAAGUCUGCUAAAAACGGGACAGAUCAGUUCGACAAAAAAUUGGGGUCAUAUUGCAACUCUGUAUUGACUGAUGUUAAAAAGUGUGAUAACAAAAUACGAACUCACAAGACCAGCAUUAAGAUGUACAAACAGGAUACUGAUAAAAUAGUAGAAGUAUUCACCGAAACCAAAAACCUGGAAGAACAAAUAAAGAAGACUUUUUUGGCAAAUGAAGAUGACUUGGAUAUUUUUAAAGACAUUUUAAUAGAGAAAAAAAGUGAAGAAAAGGACAAAAAAAGUGUUAGUCAAACCACUAGACAACCAAGAGUUAGUAUUCAUGACAAAGAUAAACUUCUUGCUACAUUACGUGCGAUUGACAACGGGGAUAAUUUAGAUAAAACAGACAAUAUACAAUCAGUAAAUUAAUAAAAGAUGAUCUUACGGUGAUGCGUAAAUUGUUAAUUUAUUAAAUAUCUCUUUACAUUUGUUAA